AUGCCCGUCGACAAUGACAUACGCGGCCGCCUAGCCCUCAUCACCGGGGCGUCUGGCGGAAUUGGUGCGGGUUGUGCACGAGACCUCUACAGUCAAGGCUGCCAUUUGGCUCUCACCUAUUCCAAGAACAAGGCGAACGUGGAUUCCUUGAUCGCCGACUUGCCAGCCUCCACAGCCGGCCAAAGAAUAUCCUCCCACCAGGUCGACAUGGCAUCGACCGAAGACAUCGAGCGGUUAUACAAGGAGAUUGAGGCGCAACAUGGGCACGGUCCAGAUAUUGUGAUCGCCAAUGCUGGUCACGGCAAGAGAAUCCCUCAAAUACAGGACAUUAGUUAUGAAGAGUUUGACUAUACCGUCUUGAUCAACUUGCGAGCACCCUUCGUGUUGGCUAAGCUAGCUGUGCCUCACAUGGCCCAGCAAAAAUGGGGGCGAAUUAUCAUGAUGGGCAGCAUAGCAGGAUAUGGCGGAGGUAUCAAUGGUUGUCAUUACGCGGCAUCCAAAGCCGGGCUGAUGGGCAUGGUCAAAAACCUGGCGCAGAAGCUGGCCAAGGAUGGGAUCACGGUCAACGACGUCGCACCGGCCAUGAUAGGCGAGACAGGGAUGAUUCCCGAUGCUAGAUCUGUCGAAGGCAGCCCUGGAGAUGUGAAAAAUAUCCCAGUAGGAAGACUGGGGACGCCUCAGGAAUGUGCUAACAUCGUGACGACGAUAUGUAAGACGGGAUACCUGACGGGACAAAGUAUUCUGCUGUCAGGAGGAUUGAAGUAG